AUGGCACGGUGGCUCUCUUUCUUCUCCGAGUACAACUUCGUCGUGCACUACAAGCCAGGCAAGACCAACAUUCUUGCUGACGCACUGUCACGACGCCCAGAUUACGAUCCUCGUAUGGCACUGAGUCGUCAGGCAACUGACGAAGAAGAUGAAGACGAUCGAUGUGCGACGUGUGUGUCGUUGAAUCUAACUCGGGUCACACCCGAGUUAUGCCUUUUCGAUGAAAUUGUCGCGGCUUACGCGAACGACCCGGAUUACGCGGACAUCAUCGCCUAUCUGCGCGCUCCCAGUGAGGCUGCACUGGGAGCUCUUUCGCGAACGAAGCGUGAUCACAUUCAACGAUACAGUAUGGACGGUGAUUUGCUAUUAUAUAGCAUCGACAAAUUCGAUGCACCUCGAACGGUGAUUGCGAAUGACUUGGAUUUGCGUGCUCGUAUCAUCCACGAGUACCAAGAUGCCCCAAUUGGCGGUCAUCUGGGCCGCGAAAAGACAUUCGCGGCUGUCUCGCGUGACUUCUUCUGGCCCCACAUGUACAAAUGGGUUCGCAACUGGGUUCGCACCUGCGAAAUAGGUCAGCGCGUGAAGCCAUCUCCAUCGUCGCAGGCACCCCUGCGACCCCUGACAAUUGCAGCUGAGGCUUGGAGCUCAGUCUCAAUGGAUUUUAUCUUCGGGCUUGCACCAGAUGGCCAAGACCGAACGGGUAUUCUGGUCUUUGUCGACAGAUUCAGCAAGAUGACACAUCUAAUGCCUGUCCAUGCAACGAUCACCGCGGCUGAGACCGCGGUGCACUUCAUUGACACUGUGUUUCGCCAUCACGGUCUACCAGACAACAUUGUCUCGGACCGUGAUCCUCGUUUUACAUCUGCUUUUUGGACGUCAUUGUUCGAGUUGCUUGGCACAAAGCUGCAAAUGUCGACAGCAGCCCAUCCGGAAACGGAUAGGCAAACAGAGCGAGUUAAUCGGGUCCUCGAAGAUGUUCUUCGAAGUUACGCAACGUCCUUUACAAGUUGGAGUGCGUUUUUGCCACUCGCGGAGUUUGCACUAUACAACGCGGUUCACGCGUCAACGGGGUUGACGCCAUUUUUUGCAAAUUCGGCCCGUCAUCCUCAUGUACCUACUCUUCUUGCCGUGGGUCAGCCCACGGCUUUUCGUGGCUCCACUCUGGCGGGGGGGGGUGAUAACGAUAAACAACGAUCGAGUGAAGCUCACGGUAUUCUUAGCGCGAAUGUUGACAACCAUUCCAAGGCGAAGUCUUCUGUUUCGACGCCACGUGACGUGGCGUCCCCGAUCGCUCAAUGGACUGCACAGACGCUGAUCGAUUCUUCUUCGAGUAUGCGAAACCCUAAAGCUAACUACGCGCCGAUUGAAUCGGCGCGACCAAUUGAUGACAUGGCUGUGUCAGAGUUUAUACUCCAACGUCAAGCCAUCACGAGGUUUAAGGGUGAUCGUGUAUUGUUAACUACCGAAGGCCUACGAGAUUCAGCAGUAACCAAUCUAGGCGCGAGCAAACUCGCGCCACGUUUCAUCGGACCAUUCACGGUACUCAAGGCGAUCGGCGACGCAUACACGCUGGCCAUCCCUUCGUCACUGAGACUUCACCCGACGUUUUACGUCGGGCGGCUCAAGGAGUACGGUCCAGCUACGCUUCACGGGUUGGCUCCGUCCUCGGAGUCAAAGGCUCAUAGGUCGAUCUUCCCUCUCGCCUUGCUCGACGCGCCAGCGACAUCGGACGCGGCUGCGUCCCAGUCUUCGCGUGCCCAAGAACCUGGCGUUCCAGGUUCCGCAUCCGUUCAAGCAGCUCGCGGUUCGACUGUCGAAUCUCGUUCGCUGUUUUCUCAGCCCGCGCAGCUCGGUCAAGGGCAGCUUCAGCCUCCAGCUGGGCAUCAACAGCCUUGUUCACAGCCGCAUCUACAUCGUCCUGGGCAACCAGGACGCCAGCAGUACCAUCGUGAGGGUCCACCACCGCUUGUGGACGCGGAAGGCCAGAAGCGCUGGAUUGUGGAGCGUUUACUGGGUCACGAGGACCCUUGUCGCGAAACGAAGUCGUCCCGACACCAUGAGCGCGCGGUUCCAACCGCGCGCAAGUAUCGUGUACGUUGGCUCAGGUUUCCACCCGAGCAGGAUACGUGGGAAACGCGCUCUUCGCUUCUUCGAGACGUUCCGGACGUCGUUCGGGCUUACGAGUCCCUGCACACGCUUGGUGCAGACUUGGUCGACGACCUGUGUGUUCUCGCGGUGAGCGAGAACGAGAUGCACGACGACGGUGUCGUGGUGAAGUGUCACCACGACUACGAGACCGAGAGCGAUUGCGAGAACGUCGUGGUGACGUUUCACCACGACGACGAGAUGAAGAGCGACGACGAGAACGUCGCGACGAGCGUGUAUCGCGACGAUCACGCGAACGAGAACGUCGUGGCGAGUGCAUGGCACCACGACCUCGAGAACGCGAGUGGUGUCGCCAGCGUGACGAGCCACGAUUAA